AUGUUGAAGGAUAAUCUUGCUUACAAGAAUAGUCUUGCACUUCAUGGUAAAUUAUUUCAUGUGAGAUGUUGUGCACAUAUUUUGAAUUUAUUGGUACAAGAUGGUUUGUCUGAGAUUGCAGAUAUAAUUAAAAAUGUGCGUGAAAGUGUAAAACAUCUUGUUGCUUCUGAGUCUCGCCGUUUAAUUUUUAGUGAAAUUGCAAAACAAUUGAAAUUACCUUCCAAGAAGCUUCUUUUAGAUUGUGGCACAAGGUGGAAUGCAACUUAUUUCAUGUUAUCAGCUGCUUUGGAGUUUAAAGAUGUCUUCCCUCGAUAUCAGCAAAGAGAUUCAAGUUAUACAUAUUUGCCUAGUGAGGAUGAUUGGCAAAAGGUUAAGGAAGUGUGUUCUUUUCUUGAAGAAUUUAAUGAAGUUACCAAUGUUAUUUCAGGUACUGAAUAUCCAACUUCAAAUUUAUUUCUUCAUGAACUUCAUUCAAUAAAAAAAUUAUUAGAUGAAGCACAUGAAAAUGGGAAUAUUUAUAUGAAAGUCAUGGUUGGUAAGAUGAAAUGUAAAUUUGAUAAGUAUUGGGGUGAUUGUAAUUUGUUGAUUUCUCUAUCAGCUAUAUUAGAUCCAAGAAAUAAGAUGAAAUUGAUUGAAUGGAGUUUUCCAGAAAUAUAUUCUGAGUUUGAUUCUGAUGAGCAUAUUACAACUGUGAUGGAGACAUUGCGCAUGCUUUAUAAUGAGUAUGUAGAUGCUCAUAAAACAAAAAGUAUUGGAUCAGAAAUUAGUAGUGGUGAAACUCAAAAAGAAGGAUCUAGUUGUAUUAUAAGUGGAAAAGGGAAAAUCAGAGGAAGAACACAAUUUUAUAGCUAUAUUAGGAAUGUUGAUUGUGUGAUUGAGCAACCAAAGUCUGAAUUAGAUGUGUAUUUGGAAGAAGAUGUUCAUAUUUGUCAAGAUGAUUCUAACUUUGAUGCCUUAGAAUGGUGGAAGAUGAACAACAUGAAAUUUAGGAUAUUAUCAAAGAUGGCUCAUGAUAUACUAUCAAUUCCUAUAACAACUGUUGCUUCAGAAUCUGCUUUUAGUGCUGGAGGUAGAAUUAUUGAUCCACAUAGAGCAUCAUUGGGAGCAGAAACUGUUCAAGUUUUAACUUGUGGAGCUGAUUGGUUGCGAGCAUUUUAUAGCAUCAAGAGAAAAAAGAAGGUUAUAUGGAUGUUGAAGUUGAAAUUCAAGUUAACUAGUUGA